AUGAUUGAAAUUGAACAAAUAGAGGAAGAAUCGCAGCUACAAUCUGGGAUAGCUGAAGCAAACGACAUUACGUUCGUGCUAACAGCGCGCCUUGAUGAAGCAAAAAAUAUGCGCGAAAAUAUGGAAAUCAAAGUGGAAUACAUGUCCCUAAAGCUCCAAAGAGACAAUAACGUCAACAAUGAAGAAAACGAAGAAGGGGAUGGCGAAAUUGAUGAUGCAAAUGAAAAUUCUGUGCGAGACACUACAAUGCCAUCUUGCUCACAAGAAAGAUCAAAUUCAGCAUCCACAUGCAAUCAUGGCACAGCCAAAAGGACGCUGAGGUCAAUAAAACCUCCACAAGCCACACUACCAAAAUUUUACGGGAAUUCUGACGACUUCCCAGAAUACUGGGCCAUUUUUGAAGCCCUUGUCCAUAACAGUGAAGAACUGGACACUAUGGAAAAGAUACUCCUACUCAAAGAAAGUUUAAAGUGA